AGAUUUGAUCGAGUAAUGUUCUCAGUUGUAACCUGACCCGAACCAUGUGAACAUACCGCCACCCACAAACCACAUUCCUUGAUAUUCUUCGUUGAUUCUUGUUCUAAAAUUGUUAAUCGCAACAUAACGUCAGAAAUAACAUACCUCCACUAUUCCCGAAAAUCUACUGGAUCAUUCUUUUUGAGAUCAUCUCGAGAAACAUUAUCAACAGCAACCUAUGACAGGUUGGAUUUACCAGGCAGGUGUUUCUCUCUUUAUUACAAAGUUAGAGGAUUAUAACUCCACCACACUGACUGACCCAUUACGUACGGGGGGACCGUGUCUCUCUAGAUCACAUCACCAGGGCCGCUCUCUUACUCUCUUAUCUGAUUACUCCCGCAGUUCGGGCUCCCUAAUAAACCUCCUUAGUUGUUGUCCUGUUCGUUACAUUGUACCCAGGUAGUUGGUCAUGUUAGUAACUUAGUAGCACGGUUCCAACAGGUUUCACUCCUGUGUCCUUUUCAUGGUUCUCUUUAAUUAAACGCAAUGCUGGCGAGUUGAUUUCAUGUGAAACCGAAAUUAUCAUGCAUCGAUUUUAUAAUUAUACCUGAAGUUGCAAUACUCCCUAAAAUUAAAUCGUAACUUGUCCGCCCGUUCCCCACAUCAAAUCAAGCUCACGUCGUGACGUCAUGACGGUUAUACCCUAACAUUUUCAUCAAACAAAUUGUCAGUCGCGAGUUUUCUAUGUUGAACUAUUCAACUACCACAGUACCACAUUAGAUCAGCUUACCACUACCAUUAAAAUUAGAUAGUUUUCUAAGCUAGCCUCGCUCUACUCCAGGGUGGAGUGUGGCAGGUGGCUAGCUCUUUUGUUUCUGACUGAGCUGGUCAUGAUGGUCAAACUACAGUGUGUUAAUGUUAAGCAGUAGCACCUUGAUAUUUGAUACCAACGGCCAGACCCUGGAUAGUCAGGCCUCUCGCAGGGAAUUGUGAUGCAGUUAUUAAAGUUUAACAAUUCUAGUUUUGUAAGAGCAUCGUAUUGUGUUACGACUCAUUAUAAUUGUUAUCUGACUAUCAAUUCUUUUAUGUAACUUUGGAAUAUGUAUGCCUGUUGCGUAAUACGUAUCCGAUCGAAGCACCAAAUCUACAAAACUUUCUGUCCGUAUGUUCGUUGAACUUCCAGUUCCAGUUACUGAUCUGCUGAACAAACCCCCAGUAAACAAGGUGGGACAAGUUGGUCCAAGUAACUGGGUUUGGUCCAAGUUACUGGCUCCAAGUUACUGGCUCCAAGUUGUUGGUCCAUGUUACUGUCUCCAAGUAACUGGGUUUGGUCCAAGUUAUUGGUCCAAGUUACUGGCUCCAAGUAACUGGGUUUGGUCCAAGUUGUUGGUCCAUGUUGUUGUUUACAAGAGUUGUUCUUUGUUCUUUUCAGCGAGCAGAGCCGAACCCUAACAAGUAAAGUUGAAAGUAUAAGUAUGACUUUUGUUGUCAUAUAAUUAUAUGACAUAGUCUACACAGUCGCAGAGCCUCCUAAAAUUAUGUGUAAUUUGUCUGGAGUUGAGCUCUCUCGCUUAAAAUUUCAUACUCACGAACGGGCAUUACCCGAGCAACAGUCACUUUUGAACGGGCAUUACCCGAGAAACAGUCACUUUGCUACAUGUUAGUAACGAUUUAUCAUUAUGGCAACUUCGUAGUCGCACAUCACUCAAUGUUCAACUAUUAGUUACGAAGUUAGCGCCGUUAACUUUAGUGAUGUGAGGCUGCAAAGUUGCCCUAAUUUGUUCAUUUAUCUUAACGCUCUUAGUCUUAGAUGUUACGAUCUCGUACUAUAUUAUAGUUGCCAUAAGCAGUACUUGUUAACGAACGUGCAUUGCAUAAUCCAUUAAGAAUUCUUCACAGAGUUGACUCUCGGUAAGAACUAAAAAACGUUACGAUAUAAAACCAUAUGUCGACGGAUAUCAAUAUAAGAUAAGAUAGAAUAAAAAUAUUGCACUGUAUAUUGCACGUACAAGUAUUCGUAUUAAUGGAUGCACUAGCGUUCUUAGUUUUAGCGUUAUCUAACUUGUUCUUUCCUUAAAGUUAAAGAGAACGAAGGCAGGUAAAAUGAGUUAAGUGCUUGACAGAGCAAAAAGGCAUUGUUAGAAUUGACGCACGCAGCGAUUUGAUCUGUCAAUAACCUAUCAUCAAUUUUAUGGGAAACUAUUUGAAUUGAAGGUCUUUCUGGCGCUCGUUUUUGUAAAAUUUGUCAUGUGAUGGCUCAAUCUUUGAAAGCCCUUUGUUUCUCUAAGUCAUGUUUCCAUUUAGUUAAGCUAUAUCCGUCCAGUAUCAGUUCGAAUGUUGCUUGAAAUCGUUUUGCUUUAGCUUGAUAUCGUUUAGAUCAUAUUUUAAUUAUAUUACGAUUAAGUUUUUUUAUACUUUUGUUCACUUUUACACAUUUGCUCACAUCACUCACAGUCAGCCGCUCUGACAUGGUUAACCACCUUGCUUGUGUUGUUGGUUAAUCAUAUGAGCGGGAUAUAAAUACCUCAUUUCAUUUCAUUAUAUAUUUCAGAACUCACUCAAAGAAAACUAUUAUUUAUUACACGCCCCAUUCUAUCGCUCAUUUAUAUUGUCAACCUGAAAAUUGUCCCUGACUUAAUGAUUUUUUCACUAAUCCAGAUAGGAUCAGAAAAAAGGAUGUAGAUAGCCCAACCAAAUGGAAUCCGGGAUAAAUAUUCCUGAUAUGAAUACGGAGACCCUCCCAAAAUAUAACGGAGGUCACAUGCAAAGCCCAGAUCCGAUAACAGAUGACGAAAUGGAACCGGACAAUCACAAUCUUUCUGACUUAGAAGAUGCAGUGGAGAAGGUGACAGAUAAACUUGGACUCUUUCUUGAGAUACACCCAGCAGUUGAUCCAGAUAAAGUUAUCCUGGAUCUCUCACCGGACGAGGAGCGAGCCCUGAACAACUCCAACUCGCUUCAACACAUGGACUUUCCCAUCAGGAACCUGACUGAGAUGGUACAGUUCAACUUGAUAACUGACCUGAGGGACAGUAGCACUGACUCCUUCCUCAGUAGUAGUGAUUACCAGGUGGUAAGUGAGACGAACACGUUUUCUCACCCAGACACCCCUCCCACCACACCCAGUCCUACUACUCAGGAGAGAUAAAACCCUCCCACAGACCCAGAAUCACAAAUAAGGGAACUUAAGAGGCAGUCAAGUGAAGCUCUUUCGGAUAGGGUGGUGGAGACUAUGAGUUCUAUCACUAACUUAUUGACUGGAAUGGAGGAACAAGAAGGAUUCCAGCUGAUAGACGAUGAAUAUCGUAUGGAGUCAGAAGAGAAAGAAGAGAGUAUAAUAUUAGAAUGUGAGUCCCUGUCGGAUAUUUCGCGGGAGCUGGAUAUAUUGUCUGUUUCUAGUAUCCUAGACCUGGAUAGUGGAGAUGUUCAGAUUUCUCCAGUAGAACUAAUUUUAGAGCCAGCUCAGUCUGGUGAAGACAGUGGAAACGCACUGGAGAAGCCGGAUAAUAACGAGGAUGAGAUCACGGAAGAAACAACUGGAACCAUAUCUCUAGAAGUGACUGGCUGUGAAACCUGCGAAGAACUCUCAGCGGAGUCUCUGGUCAGUGAUCCUGAACCUCUUAUCCUCAUAACCCCUCAAACUAUGGUGGCUGUUCAUUCUGCUCCGAUUUUAGAGCAAAAUUCCUAUCAUGGUGUAGAAACGUCAAAAACACCAUAUGAUUCUUCAACAGAGGAGUUACUGUCGUUAUCACUUACAGAUAAAACCGAGGUAGGAACUGAUCCCGGAUUUAAGAAUGCACACAGUAUGGAUGAUAAUCAAUCUUUGGGAACAAUAGAUAUAACCGUGGAUGCUGGUCAUAUCAUUGCAGUUCAAGGAAUGGAUCUCUCUAAUGAUAGUUUGGAACUGACGAACUCUCAAAUCUUGGAACUAGAGCCUUCUGAUGAACUUGCUGUUCCCCUCUCAAAUGUAGAGACAAAAGACAUACCAGAAGCAACAGAUAAUCCCCCAAAAGAAAGUCAUCCAGGGUUACUAGAGGAAGAUACACAAGAAGAAAAAGAAGAAGAAGAAGAAGAAGAAGAAGAACCUGGAAAAAGAGCAGAGAUACUUGCAGAACUGGGGCGAGUUUUUGUCCGAGAAGAAACUACCCAGCCAUCUCCUCAACAAGCUGACGGUUAUGAACCCAAACAACUUGAUGAUAUCCAAGAGAGGAAUUCUGGAGAUGAGGAUGAUGUUCCGUCAUCCAUAACUGUGACAUCACUUAGAGUGGAAGACCAACUUAAUCCUGAUAUUGAAGAAACCUCUGCUUCAAAAGAUAAAGUUGAAAACAAUUUAGUUGAUACAUCUACAGACUCUCUGCUGACUCCUGAUGAAGUAGAUUCUAAUCCUGAAAAUGUUGAUAGUAGCAGGAAGGUUCCAGAAGUUGAUAUUGAUUUCUCUUUGUCAAACCCUGGGGAAAAUACUUUUGCAGAUAGCACCAAGGGUAGCACUUAUGAUGAUAUAAAAGACCACUCCGACUCUAUACUGACUCCUGAUGAAAUGGAUUCUAGUCCUGAAGUCGUUAAAAACAGUAAGAAGGUUCCGAAUGUCGAUAUAGAUUUAUCCUUGUCAAACUCUAGCCCCACAGACAGCACCUUCGGCGAAACUAAAGACCAGCCUUCACAAGGUGCUUCAGAAAUGCCAGCGGAAGGUAUAACGGAACACGAACAGUUCACUCGCUCAUCAUCUGUUUCAAGCACUUCAUCUAGUUCGUCAGAUGAUGGUCGUAAGAUUAAGUUGAAAAGAAGGGGUACAGGGAGUUAUGUAAGCAGUGCUAAGAGCAAAGAAACAAUUGUCGAGCAGCCAACUGAAACAGAAAAAGAUGUUGCAGAUGUUUCUGAGAAGGAUGUAACAGAACCCAUCUCUGAUGCACCAUUGUCCACGGUAAAUACUCCCAACGUUUUCUUUGAUCAAAUGGAUGACAAAGCUGAAUUAGAAGUCAAAGUUCCACUAUCUAGUGUUGAGAUUGAAUUCAAUAUGGAGUCGGCUCAAGAGAGUAAUGAUAUUCAGGGAGAUAGUAUAGUUAAUCUCGUAGAAGUUGGUGACAUUGUACCUAAUAAGAUGACCUUCCUUCUUUCGAUAGUGAAUUGGAGCAAGGUGAAGUUGUCUUGAGAAGAAUCUCUGCAUCCUCAUCAUCUUCGAACUCCUCAGAUUCAGAUCACGACAACGAGAAAGAUAAUUGCACGGAGAAAAAAGAUAUG